UGUUUUGUAAAUAUUAUGCCAUACGGUUGUUGAUCUGCUGGUAGUUUGCUCUCAUAGAUCGCUUUAAAGUGCUUGCAAAAGGUCUCCCAGAUUUUCGCUUACAUCGGCAUUAGGGGCCUUUCCAGGUUGGAUUCCAGUCGGCAGAGUUUUUUGCGAAAACAGCUUGCUGGGACGCCGGCAUACCUAUAGCCCAGCCCCUAGAAGUUGGUCAGGAAGCAGCCAUGAGCGUUGAGGUCAGAGCAAAGACACGCUCAAAGCCAAACACAGUUCAUUAUGCGGCGGAGACGGGUGACAUUAAGCUUCUCGAGCACUUCGUGCGGGAAGGCAUGGCGAUUGGCAAUCCAGAGAGCGUCACGCUUCAAUCUCGUGAAGAUGUGCUUGGAAUGAUGCCGCUACAUGUUGCAUGCGAGAAUGGCGAGCUAGAGGUUGUAGAGUUUCUUGUAAAGAAGCGCGUUGACGUGGACGCGGGCGACAACUUUAAGGUGACAGCUCUGCAUUUGGCCUCGAUUGAGAACCAUGCGGAUAUCGUGGAAGUACUGCUGAAGGCCAGGGCCGACCCCAAGCCAGUGGACGUCGAGGGAGACCUACCUAUUCACUGGGCUGCUACCAAAGGGCACAGCCAGGUCAUUGAGCUGCUGGCACGCAAGGGAUCGCCUAUUGAUGCUCCCAACAAGAAGGGGUGGACGCCAUUGCAUCGCGCGGCAUACAACGGUCGCAAGGAGGCCACGGCCACCUUGAUCAAGCUGGGGGCCAAGACCAACGGCACCACUUCGGAUGGCAACACGCCUCUUCACCUUGCGUGCUUCAUGAACCAGCUCAGCACCAUAGAGAAGCUGUGCGAGGCUGGUGCAUCACAGCGCCUGCUCAACAAGAGCGGUCAGCGGCCGAUUGAACUCUGCAUUACUGAUGCAGCGCGCGACAUUUUGAAGAGCUUGCAAGGCUUUGAGGGAGACGAGCCGGUGGAGGGUCCCGCAGCUCGCGGGACACACGCCGCCGCUAAGAAGUACGCACAUGACGGCUUCCCCAGCCCCGGCAACAGCUUCACAGCGCCGCGCACAGAUUCAGGCGAUCCUGGCUUCAUUCAGACAGCGCUUGGCGAGACGGGGACCAACCCCUACACA